GACCAACAUUUCGGUCGCACACCCAACGUCGACCGGCUUUGUCGCUACCACAGUUGUCGUUCGAGUGUCCGCUGAACGAACGGUGAACUCUGAUCUUUGGAGUAUAGGUGUAGUGUUGACUGAUAGUGUGUUUUUAGCCAUACAAUUGCAAGUGUAUUGCUAACAAGUAUUACUAUCGACGGUGUGUGGCGAAUUCCUCGGAAUUACCUAACGGCUGUUCGCCUGACAGCGAGGGAAGGCGGAUCGUCGUUGCUAUCGGGAGGAAUGAGCCCCGUACAUUACCGUUCCCGCACUCACCGAUGAUCUCAAGAGACCAUGUAUAUAGACAGUCUACCGCUCGUGGUUUGGACGCUCUUAGUCACAACGACACAUGUAGCGACACAAAGCCAGUAUGGAAUAGGCUUAGGAAUAAAACGAGAAGUAUUUUUCUUAAAUUUAGAAGACGGCUACUUUGGUUGUCAAGUUAACGAAUCAACACAAAUUUUGCAAUUAUAUGAACUAUCGAAACUAUGCGACGGUGUUACGGAUUGUUACAAAGGCUCUGAUGAGUUGAAGUCGGAGUUAAAAUGUUCAGACGAUUGUACCAAAGAAGAUGGCGCCCAGUGUGUGAACGGUGCCUGUCUAAACGGUGUGUGCCAUUGUAAUGACGGUUUCGGCGGCUGCAACUGCCAAGACCCUGAUAUAAAUGAAUGCAAAGACAGGCCCUGUGAUGUUUUUGCACACUGUACAAACACCGUCGGCAGUUUUCAAUGUUCUUGCUUUCCCGGUUAUGAGGGCGACGGUUUUACUUGCAGAGAUAUAAACGAAUGUGAAGACCCGGCUAUAGCAUCUCGUUGUGUUGAAAACGCGGAAUGCUGUAAUCUGCCAGCUCACUUUAUCUGCAAAUGCAACCGUGGCUUUGAAGGCGACGGCGAAGAAGAAUGCAGAGAUAUCGAUGAAUGUCGUCGACCUGGUGCUUGUGGAACGCAUGCAAUUUGUCGUAAUUAUCCUGGAAACUACACGUGCUCAUGUCAAGCCGGCUACACUGGGAAUCCAUUCGAUGGUUGCGUUGAUGUUGAUGAAUGCAUCAAUGAAUCAACGUGUGGCGAAGGGGCCAUUUGUCGCAACAUAGACGGCGGCUACGAGUGCAGCUGUCCACCUGGCUACGAAGGCGAUCCACGCGUCGCAUGUCAUGAUCAUGACGAGUGCGCUCGCGCUGCCUGCGGUCGCGGCGCUUUGUGUGAAAAUCUUCCGGGAGCAUACCGCUGCGUCUGCCCGCCAGGUUUUGAUGGAAACCCCGAUGUUCUCUGUUCCGACGUGGAUGAAUGUAAGAGUAGCGAGACUGUGUGCGGUGCACAUGCUGUCUGCACGAACACGGCAGGCAGCUAUGUGUGCACUUGCGCGCCUGAAUACACCGGAGACGCAUACGCGCAAGAUGGUUGCCUGGACUUGGACGAAUGUCAGACGCUAGAGAAGCCGUGUGGAACAAAUGCUAUUUGUGAAAACUCUGCGCCAGGCUACAAUUGCGUCUGUCCUCAAGGAUUCGCAGCACAACCAGACCCUCAAAUUGCAUGUGAACAGGUUGACGUCAAUAUUCUGUGCAAAUCAAACUUUGAUUGCACUAAUAAUGCCGAGUGUAUUGAUCAUCAAUGUUUCUGCAAGGAAGGCUUCGAUGCCAAGGGCUCCAUCUGCGAAGACGUUGAUGAGUGUUCAAAUAAUAAAUCAGUAUGCGGCGAAAAUGCUUUAUGUAUUAAUAUUCCCGGGGGCUACAAUUGCCAAUGUGCUGCGGGAUUUGUUGGAUCUCCGCCAAAGAUUGGAUGUCGUGCCCCUUGUGAAGAUGUUAAAUGUGGAAAACAUGCUUAUUGUAAGCCUGAUGGAAUCGAGGCGUAUUGUGUUUGUGAAGAUGGAUGGACAUUUAAUCCCCAUGAUAUAGCAGCUGGUUGUAUUGAUUUAGACGAAUGCGACAUAUCACUGGGUCCAGUAGGCCGCUGUGGAAAAAAUGCCAUUUGCUCAAACACUCCUGGAAGUUUUUCAUGUAAUUGUCCCGAAGGAUAUACUGGUGAUGCAUACAAACAGUGUUCAGAUAUUGAUGAAUGUCAAUUAGAAGGAGCAUGUGGCUUAGGAGCCGAUUGUUUGAAUCGAGAUGGAUCUUAUAGUUGCGAAUGUCCCGACGGCACUAUACCAGAUCCAGACCCACACAUACGAUGCGCUGAAAUUCUUGCUUGCAAAGGAGACAAGGACUGUCCUGGAAAUGCAGUAUGUGAUUCUAAUGCUAGGUGUUUGUGCCCCGAGCCCAAUAUCGGAAAUGAUUGCCGACAUCCUUGUGAAUCUCUGCAAUGUGGCACUAAUUCAGAGUGCUUAUUAAGUGAUCAAGAAGCCCAAUGUACUUGUAAGAGUGGAUUCACAGGUGAUCCAUCUUCACUACUAGGGUGUCAAGAUAUGAAUGAGUGUGAUGAAAAACCAUGCGGCGUAGGUGCUGUCUGUAAAAAUCUACCAGGACGUUUUCAAUGUGAAUGUCCUGCGACGUUCACUGGAAAUCCAUAUGUUGAAGGAUGUAAUCCUGGUAAAAUACUAAGCGAGUGUAGCAACUUAAAUCCUUGUCCAGAAGGUGAACAAUGUAUUUUACAUGAUGGUGGAAAUGUUUGUAUUUGCCCUCAAGGAUUCACACGUAAUUCUGAAACUGGAUUGUGUGAAGAUAUUAACGAAUGUGUUCAACACGGACGUUCUCCAUGUGGUUUAAAUGCUAUUUGUAAAAAUCUACCUGGAAGCUAUGAAUGUAAAUGUCCUCAGGAUUAUAGUGGUAACCCAUAUAAAAUUUGCGAGCUUUGUGAUGACAUUUCAUGCCAGUGUCAACCACCAUAUAAAAUGAUAGACGGAAGCUGUGUCCUUUCUGGUUGCGGUAAAGAUAAUAAAUGUGGUACAGGCGCAGAAUGCAUUGUAAUUUCUGAUGAAGUUAGUUAUUGUGCAUGUCCAGCCGGUUACACGCAGACCAGUGACAGUACUUGUGAAGACAUUAAUGAAUGCACCUCAGGCACACCUGUAUGUGGAUUUGGGGCAGAAUGUAUAAAUACCGUGGGCUCUUUUGAAUGUAAAUGUCCUCCCGGAUAUAGUAAAGACAAGAUCGAAGGACACUGUUCAUUAAACCAAAAACGAUGCAUUAGUGAUUCCGAUUGUUUCCCUAACGAAAAAUGCGUUCAACCAGGUAAAUGUAUGUGCCCUCCGCCGUUUUAUUUAGAUGUCACAGAUGGGCAAAAGUGCAAAAGUCCUUGCGAACGUUUUACUUGUGGUAUUAACGCUAAAUGCACUCCAAGUGAUCCACCGCGUUGCAUGUGUAUGGCUGGUUAUGAAGGCGAUCCUUACACCGGUUGCACGAAAAGAAACGAAUGUCACAGUUCUCCUUGCGCAUACGGAGCUAUUUGUCAUGAUCAAAAAGGUGGUUAUAAAUGCGAUUGUCCACCGAAUAUGAUCGGAGAUCCAUACAGGAGUGGAUGUGUAUUUAAAGAGGAACCAACACAAAAACAUUUAUGUAGCUCUGAUGAUCAAUGCCCUAAUACAUUAGCAUGCUUAAAUCAUACAUGCAUCUCACCAUGUGCCACCAUUUCUUGUGGACCAAAUGCAUUUUGUGAAGUUGAAAAUCAUGCAGCAUGGUGUCGAUGCGAUCCAGGUUACACCAAACCUGAAGGUGGAAAAUGUAUUUCAGCAUGUGACACAUAUAAUUGUGCCCCAGGAGCUCAGUGUAUUAUUUCGAAAACGGGACCGACAUGUGUUUGCGUUGAGGGCUUUGUAGGAAAUCCGUUUCCUGGUGGUUCGUGCAGUAGAGACCAGUGUGGACCAGGGAUUCCAUGUGAAGAUCCUUUGACCUGUGUGGCUGGACGUUGCAGACAACGAUGUGAGGGAGUUCUUUGUGGUGUUGGCGCGACUUGUGACUCUCAAACCGGUAGAUGUGUUUGUAAUCCAUUCUUCAUUGGAAAUCCGGAUUUGUUGUGCAUGCCACCUGUCUCUCCACCAGCUUGUGAACCCAAUUGUGGAACCAAUGCACAUUGCGUAUAUGGAAAAGACAACAUUUGCAAAUGCAAUAAAGGUUUCACAGGAAAUCCGUAUAAAAAGUGUUUAUCACGUAAACAAAUAACAUGCGCCACAGCCUCCUGCGGUCGAAAUGCUGUGUGUCAACAAACGAAAUCUUCCAUAGAAUGUUUAUGUCCACCAGGUUAUGUAGGGAAUCCUAAUAUUCAAUGUAAGGAUAUAGAUGAAUGUGGUACAAAUCCAUGUGGCGAGAACGCACUUUGUAUUAAUACGCCAGGAAGUUUUAGUUGUAUAUGUAGGAGCAGAUACGUCGGUAACCCAUAUGAAUUGUGCUCACAAGUUUCAGUUGCAAAAUGCACUGAUGGCGCUGUGUGUACUUGUUCACAUAAUACUACAUGCCCCCAUGGAUUUGUUUGUGACAAAUCUAAGUGUGUUGAUCUUUGCGAGAAACUUGCGUGCGGACCUAAAUCUGUUUGCGAAGAAGGCGUAUGUUACUGUUUACCAAGUCAUACUGGAGAUCCCAAUGACCUACGAAAAGGCUGCGUACCCGAUGAUAGCUGCCUAGUUGACGGAGAUUGCAAAGAUUCGGAAAUCUGUUUUCAAGUAGCAAAAAACACUCGCAAAUGUGUUGACUCAUGUAGUAAAUUACAAUGUGGACCAAAUUCACUUUGUAUUGGUGCCAACCAUCAAGCCCAUUGCAUUUGUGCAGAUGGAUACAUUGGAAAACCCACAGACGUUAAGGUUGGCUGUCAUUUAGAACAAAGAGAGCCAAAUGAAUUCGAAUGUAAUGACAAUAGCGAUUGCAACGAGCCUUUUGUUUGUAUGUCACUAGAAGGAUCUACGAAAAGAUGCACAGACUUAUGUACCACCAUAGCUUGUAGUGCAAAUGAAGUUUGCAAAGUAGUUGCGGAAAGCGCUCGUUGUGAGUGUGAUAAUGGUUUUCGAUGGAAUCCUGUUACCUCGAAUUGCGAACAACCUUCAACGCCAAAUUGUCAAGAAGAUGAUGAUUGCGAUGAUAAUAAAUCGUGUAAUAAAGAUGUUCUAGGUGUCAAAAAAUGUGAGGAUAGCUGCUCUGUUUUCAAUUGUCCUGAAAAUUCUAAAUGUGUAACAAAAAAUCAUAAAAGUAAAUGUGAAUGUAUUAAUGGAUUUAUCGGAAAUCCUAAUGAUCGUGAUGGCUGUUUAGCGAUAGAUAAAAACGAGUGCUCAGAUGACGCACAGUGCAGAGAAAGCGAAGUGUGUAGGACCUUUGGUGGUAAUAAAAAGUGUGUAUCGGCAUGUCAAAACGUCGUGUGUGGUCCUAAUGCUUUUUGUAUUACUAAAAAUCAUAUUGCCAGAUGCCAAUGUCCGUCUGGACCAUUUACUGGGAGUCCUGAUGAUUUAGAAAAAGGAUGCCAAUCUGUACCAUGUGUACAUAAUGAUGAUUGCUUGUCGCACCAAUUGUGUAACCGUAUGACAUACACAUGCAUCAAUGCUUGUACUGAAAAUUCUUGUGGUGAUAAUGCAGUGUGUAUAGCAGAAAAUCAUAAAAUUAUUUGCCAAUGUCCUAAUGGUUACAGUCCAGAUCCGAAACCUGAAGUAAGCUGCCAAAAAGACGAUGCUUGUAAUUCAAAUCCUUGUCACCCGUCAGCGAUUUGCGAGCCCAGCUUCUCUUCCUUUAGUUGUCAGUGCCCUAAUGGAUAUGUAGGUGAUCCAAUUAAAGACGGCUGUCGAAAACAAGAUAUUUGUCUCAGAGAUGGUGACUGUCCCAGAGAAGCUGUCUGUGUCGAAAAUCGCUGCGUCAAUACUUGUGAUGGAGCUUGCGGGCUCAAUUCAUUAUGUCAAAUUAUCAAUAGAAAGGCCGUUUGUAUGUGUCCAGAGGGAUAUGAAAAAAUACAAGGCAAUGCAUGUAAAAAGAAGUUGUUGGCAUGCUCGAGUGAAAAAGAUUGCGGCGGAGACAUUUGUAACAAUGACCAAUGUUUUACGGCUUGUAAGAACUCAAGUCAGUGUGAAUUUGGAGAUAUAUGCAAAAAUAACCUUUGCGUUGCUCAAUGUAAUAAGCAUACACAAUGUGGACAUGGCCAGGCAUGCAUUGGCGGACAGUGUUUAAUUGGUUGUAGAAAUAAUGAAGAUUGUUUUUCCGAAGAAGCGUGUGUAAACAACAAGUGUGUGAAUCCCUGUCUGACAACAAAACCAUGUGGUCCAAACGCUAUUUGUUCCAGAAUAAACCACAGUACAAAUUGUGAAUGCCCUCUAGGUUUUCAAGGUGCACCGACACCUCAACAAGGCUGCGUCCGAAAACCAAGUGUCUGUGACAGAACAUCUGAUUGCCCACCGGAUCAUAUGUGCAUAGGGCUUUUGUGUCAAGUACCAUGCAAAGACAGCACUGGUUGUGCUAUUGGAGAAAAAUGUAGUGACAAUAAAUGUUUAAGGAUUUGUCAUUCGAGUACUAAUUGCUUACACGGGGAACACUGCAAUGCGGGCGUAUGUGUACCGGGUUGUAAAUCAGAUUUAGAUUGCCUGAACAAUCUAGUGUGCAAUAACAUGAAAUGUCAAUGUACAGCUGGAUUCGAACUACGGAACGAAGAAUGUACUAAUUUAAACGAAUGUUUGGAAUAUCCAUGUCAUCCAUCAGCUCAAUGUGUUGAUACGCCAGGAUCUUAUAAAUGUGUCUGCUCAGUAGGAGCUGCUGGUGAUCCUUACAGAAGCGGUUGUUUACUGCCUAAUCAAUGCAGAAAUGAUGAACAGUGUGACAAUUCAUUAGCUUGUAUACAAGGAAAAUGUUCAAAUCCCUGUCAAAACAACACUUGCGGCACAAAUGCAGAAUGUUCUGUUAUGAAUCACAAUAUAAUGUGUGCUUGCAAAAAAGGAUAUCUCGGAAAUCCAUUUGACAAAAACAUAGGAUGCUUUAAGGUGGAAUGCGUGGAUGAUUCAGACUGCAAUACUGAAAAAUAUUGUGAUUUAAAAUUCAAUAAAUGUUCAGACGUAUGCGAACCGUCAAUCUGCGAUGGUGGCAACUGUAAAAUAGAGAAUCAUAAAAUGCUGUGUACCUGUCCAACAGGAUAUUUGUUCAAAGAUAAAAAAUGCGUAGACUUAAAUGAAUGUCUUAGCAGCCCAUGUCCGCUAAAUUCGAAGUGUUUUAAUACACUCGGAUCUUACAAAUGCGAAUGUGUAAAUGGAACAGUACAAGAUACAAUCACGGGCAGCUGUAAGCUUCCAGGAGAUUGUGUUACUGAUGACGAUUGUACUCAAGUAACAAAAUGCUUCAACAACCAUUGUGUCAAUCCUUGCGAAAAAUUGUCACCUUGUGGCGAAAAUGCUAAUUGUCUUGUAACAAAACAUAAAGCUGAAUGUGAGUGUCCGUCUGAUAGUCAAGGUGAUCCCUACAAGAAAUGCAUUAAGUUUGAAUGCACAAAAGACAACCACUGCCCACAAGAGGAGGCGUGCGUUAAUAACAAAUGCAAAAAUGCAUGCAGUUUGCCAAGGGCAUGUGGUCGAAAUGCGGAUUGUUUCUCCAAAAGUCACGUUGGGAACUGUAUCUGCUCGCCUGGUUAUACCGGGGAUCCUGUUCUUGGCUGUGUUCCAAUUCAAUACUGUACUACUGAUGACAGAUGCUCUUCAGGAACAAAAUGCGUGGAUAAUUUAUGCGUUGGCCUGUGUAAAAACUCCAGAGACUGUUUGAACAACCAAGUUUGUAUAAAAAAUACAUGUCGAGUAAGUUGCAGUCUCAACGAUACUUGUCCAGAAUUUCAAUAUUGUUUAAAUAGUAUAUGUACCAAAGAAGUUCAGUGCAUAUCUAACGAUGAUUGUCUGGAUGACGAAAAGUGUUCGACGGGGAAAAAUGGAAUACCACAAUGUAUUAAAGUUUGCGAUAAACAUCCAUGCGGCCGACAGGCUGAAUGUGUUGGAAAAAAUCAUCAACCCACUUGUUCUUGCGCUUUAGGAUUCUUCGGUGAUCCGUUGGAAGGAUGCCAACGUAAAGAAUGCGACACGGAUACAGAAUGCUCUGAAGAUAAAGUAUGUGAUCGUAACAUGUGUAAAAUAGCCUGUCUAGUUAAAAACGAAUGCCGCGAAAAUUCUAUUUGUUCAUCAGAGAAGCAUAAAAAUGUAUGCUAUUGUCAACCUGGCUAUACCGGUGAUCCAAUAAAAGGUUGUACAGAAAUAAAUUGGUGUAAAUUAAGCCCUUGUGCAAAUGGAGCGGAAUGUAAAAGUGCGCGAGACCGGGCAGAAUGUACAUGUCCAGCAAAUACUGUGGGAAAUCCGUACGAAGAAGGAUGUCGGAAGGCUGAAGAGUGUAGGUUUAACCGAGAUUGUCCAACUGCUGCACGUUGUACCGUUAUCGAUGGUACAAGGAAGUGUAUAGAUGCCUGUGAAAAUGUAAAAUGUGGAUUAAAUGCAGAAUGUUUCGCUUCGAGACAUAGCGCUCAGUGCAGAUGUAAAACUGGAUUCAUAGGAAACGCUAAUAGUGAGAAAGGAUGUCACCUACGUGAAAUAUCGUGCACUUCUAGAUCAAAUUGUCCCGAUGAUCAGUAUUGCCACAGGGGAAUUUGCAAAGCUUUAUGCCUCCUGGACGAAGAAUGUGCAUCCAACGAGAAAUGCUUCGGCGGACAGUGCCUUAAUCCAUGUCAGUUAGAAAAAACUUGUGGCUUAAAUGCUAUAUGUCGGACUGAUAACCACAUUGUUCAAUGCAGCUGUCCUCAAAGUUUUACAGGAAAUCAAGACAUGGAAUGCAUUCGAAUUCCGAGAUUGUGCGGUUCAGCUGGUGAUUGUGAAAAUGGCCACAUGUGCAAAGAUUCCAUGUGCAUUCCUCGAUGUAAUAUCGAUGAAGAAUGUGCUUUGAACGAAAGGUGCACGAAAGGUGGAUGUUUAUUGACUUGUCGGGUUGAUAAUGAUUGUUUCCCAGGACACAUUUGUCUAGAACAAAGUUGUCAAUAUGGCUGUAGAUACGACGAUGAUUGUGGGCCUGAAGAAUUUUGCAAGAAUGAUGUUUGCAAAAAUCCUUGUGACAGUGAUGUGAAUCCUUGUGGACCAAAUGCUGUAUGUUCAGUCUUGGAGAGAAUAGCACAUUGUUCGUGUAUUGAGGGCUUGAUACCGAAUCCAACGCCAAAUAUUGGUUGUAUCCGUGCUCCGUCAUCAGAGUGUCGUCAAAACACUGAUUGUACUGACGGAUGGACAUGUGAGGACAGCCGAUGCAGACCUGCAUGCACAGCCGAUGGCUCACAAUGCUUGCAAGGAGAAAGGUGCGACGAAGGUGUCUGUCGUUACGCGUGUACCUCAGAUGAACAUUGUUCCGAUGAUGAAAUAUGUGACGGACGCUCAUGCACCAUAGGGUGCAGAUCGAAUUCACAUUGUUCAAGUAAAUUAGCUUGUAUAUCAGGACAGUGUCGAGACCCGUGCACCGAACCAGCGAGUUGCGGAAUUAAUGCGAUCUGUGCCACGAAAGAUCAUCAACCUGUUUGUACAUGUCCACUAAAGUUAGCAGGUGACCCUAAGUUAGUGUGCUCGCGAGUCACCACUUCUUGUGGCUCUAAUCAAAACUGUCCAGAUGGUUUUAGUUGUUAUGGAGAUACAUGCCAUCCGUCCUGCAGGAGCGAUAAUGUCUGUUUGUCUAACGAAAAAUGUAUACGAGGUAUCUGCAGAACAAUUUGUAAUAGUGACACUGCCUGUAGUGAGGGUUACAUUUGCGAGAAUCGGAUUUGUAAGCAGGGCUGUCGCGAUGAUAAUGCGUGCGAAGAAACACAUGCGUGUGUCAAAGGACAAUGCAAAGAUCCAUGUAGUCAAGGUGCAUGUGGAAUUUGUUCGGAAUGUAAAGUUCAGAAUCAUCGUCCUCAGUGCAGCUGUGCCAGCAACUAUACAGGCAACCCCCUUGUAGAGUGCCGAAGGAAAAAGACUUUGUGUGAUGGUUUUUGUCCGUGCGAUCAGAGUGGUUAUUGUAUUUCGUUAUGCGAUGAGAACUCGGACUGCCCUUGCGGUGAUAAAUGUAUCGAAGGAGGAUGCCUGACUCGAUGCUCUCCUAGAAAUAAAUGUCCAGAGAGACAAAUUUGUCAGCAAGGCGUUUGUACUCCUGGUUGUAACAACGACAAAGAUUGCAGCGAUGAUAUGUUUUGUUCUUCAAAUUUAUGCGUGAAUGCAUGCCAAGAGAAGUCUUGCGGUAUAAAUGCUCUUUGCCUUACUACAAGACAUCGUGCUGUCUGCAGCUGUCCAAGUGGAUAUUCCGGUGAUCCUUUAAAAGAAUGUAAUCAAUUCGAAUGCCAGAAUAACGAAGACUGUGGCACCGAUGAAGAGUGUUACACCGACGGCAAAUGUAAAAAUGUGUGUUCAGGGGCUUGUGGGCUCAACGCUUUAUGUCGCUCAGUCGACCGAUCACCGCAGUGUUCAUGUCCGCCUAAUUAUCAAGGUAACCCACAAAUUGAGUGUACUAAACCAACAACAGGCAGCUGUCUACGUAAUCCGUGCGGCGUAAAUGCAAGAUGUCGCGACCUGGACGACGGUAGUUAUGAAUGUACAUGUCCACCGAAUUGUGCUGGAAAUCCACAGAGACAAUGUUUUUGUGGCAAAAUGGAGCCGUGUGCAUACAAACCGUGCGGUACUAAUGCGCAAUGUCGAGUGAAUCGUAUCGGCGAAGCACAAUGCUAUUGUCCCCGUAACUAUCCAAAUGGAGAUCCCAAUAUUGAAUGUGCCCAAGAACGCAGUGUGAUUGAUUGUCGAACUACGGGCUGUGGAGUUAAUGGUGAAUGUUUAAGGGAAGGUGCGGAAUUUGUGUGUCGCUGCGUACCUGGAACCGAAGGUCAAGCCGAUAUCGAAUGUCAUACUAGUAUCGAAUGCACGAGUGACGUGGAAUGCCCUGUCGAUAAAGUGUGUCUGAGCUUACACUGUGUGGACCCGUGCACGCUGCGAGGCGCCUGUGGGGAAGAUGCUCUUUGUGCACCACUGAUGCACAUGGCUCAAUGCUCGUGUCCGCAAUGUUAUGUCGGCCAGCCAAGGAUCUCUUGUAGACUCGAUCCCAACUGCAAACCAACAACAGACUACAACUCAACAUUCAGUUGUUCCGAAGAUAAACCUUGUCCACCAAAACUAGCCUGUGAUCUCAACAAUAAUCAAUGCCGAAAUCCUUGUCUCGGUUAUCAAAAUUGUAAGCUAAAUCAAAAAUGUGAAGUAAGAGAUCAUAAGCCUGUAUGUGUAUGUCGUAAUGGAUUCGCCCUAAAUGAAAAAGGUGAGCUAACAUGUGCCCCAGAGCACGCAGAAUGUACAAGAGAUGACCAAUGUCCAUCAAAUGCGGCCUGCCGUGAUUACAAAUGUGUGAAUCCUUGUUUGACAUCAAAAGAACCAAUUUGUCCAAAAGGGAAACAGUGCGAAGUACUUGAUCAUCGUGCCAUGUGUUUAUGUGUACAAGACUGUAAUCCAUCCGUAUCGAUAUGUCGGACAGACAAAGGGUGUCCAAACAAUUUAGCUUGCAGAGAUUAUCAAUGCAAGGAUCCAUGUAAUGGUGCUUGCGGAGGUGCUCCGUGCACUGUAGAAGACCACCACCCUGUAUGCAAGUUCUGUCCACAUGGGUUCACACAUGACGAAAAACAUGGCUGUAUCAAAGCUGUAGAAUGCAGCGAUCACGAGCAGUGUCCCAGCAAUAUGGCGUGCAUGGCUGAUCGUUGCGCCGACCCUUGUUCUCAAGGUGGACCUUGCACUCCUGGGCAGUCUUGCACUGUUUUAAAUCAUCAGCCAGUAUGUUCUAAAGUUUGUCAGUGUCAAACCUCAUCGGAUUGUGCCAGCUAUUCAAAUUCUGUCUGCGACGGCUGUAAUUGUGUUCUGGGCGAUAAACCAAAGACGAACUGCGCUCAUUGCAGACCAGGUGUUCCUUGCGAUCCCUUCUCUGGAGCUUGUAUGGAAAAUGAUCAACCUAAAAAUGUCCCACUAACUGAUGUCACAAGUACUACAACGAGCGAAGACACGGAAACCUCUACAAAAGAUGAUUCUUUAAAUUAUCUUACGUACUCGACUAAUAUUGACGACGAACAAAUUGAUACGACAUCAUCCGACUUAAAACUGUCUACGGACUAUCACAAUAUUAUUACUGAAAAACCAUCUACAUUACAUAUUGACGAUAUAGCAACCAAAAGUACACUCGCCGAUGAUUUAUCUACAACGGCUUCGUUUGAUGAAACUUAUCUCACAAAAAGUAUAACACGGUCAGGAUUAAACGCUACGGCUGAUACUAACAUUUCCUUAUUCAAUUACACAUCCACAAAGUUCCAUACUACUGAUAGUUUGUUAACUGACAUCUACGAUUUUCAAAAUGUUACCGAAGCUGAUCAAAAGAGCUACGCAACAAUACCAAUAAAUACCGAAAAAAUAUACGACAGUGAAAAACCUGCGUUUACUACACAAAAAUAUAUAGACACUACAAUUAAUGAGAAAACAACAAUAUUCUCCUCUUUAGUUAAAGAGCCAAUUAGUAAACCACUUUAUUUAGAUAAAAGUGAUGAACCUGUACAGAGUAGCAGUACAAUUCAUGAAGAAAGUACCCUUAAACCCAACGUUAAACAGACAACACAAGUUGCUGAAAAACCAAUAUCAAUUGAAAAUAAGAACACUAAAACUCCUGAAAAUCAAAGAAAACUGAAUGGUAAUUACACAAACAUUGCCGAUGGAUACGGUCCUGUAUCACACUCGGUUAAUGAGAAAUCAGCAACGAAAAUGACAACUCCACUACCAAAAACUAAGCCAACAAAUCCAUCGGAAAUACCAUUAACGGCUUCUGAAAUUACGAUCAAUUAUUAUACAACAGAAGGUAGCAGCGUUGAGAGUACUCUUAGUGAAGAAAUUACGUUGACAAAUCAAGACACUGCAGCUACAAGUAUGAAAACAUUAACUUCAGGUAUAGAAACGGAUACAGGUGUCAAUGCGGAAGAGAAUAAUAAAAGUACUAAUUUUUAUACUAGCACAAUACAAUAUAGUACUCAAAAUGACAUGUCUGAUAGCCAUGAAACUGUUUCAACUGACUUUAAAGUUGCUACCACAACAUCACCUACAGUUCACAUCAUUGACAAUCAAUCAGAUCAGAUCAAUUAUUCAGAAAAAAAUGCCUAUCAGACAACAAAAAACGCACCUAGCUUAAACCCAACUACAACAAACUAUUAUCAUACUGUCAUCACAAUGGAAGAAAAAUGGGAUAGUUCGGAAAAUGAUUUAAUUGAAACUACUACAGAAGCUCAGCUUAAACAAACAAAUUAUGAAUUUAAAUUAACAGACACAAAUGACUUAAACAAACAAAACGAUACUACAACAAUACCUACCGGAGGUAUAGUAGAAUUUUUAACACAUAAAGCAACAAAAUCAGAUGAUACUAUUGUUACUAUUUCAACUGAACCCUAUACAAUAUUCAAUUCUAAUGAAGAAACAACACAUAAACCUGUUCAACCACUAAACAAACAGAAACCCACUCAAUUUAUAAAAUAUGAGACGACUACUGAAUUUACGCAAUCAUCAAAUGAUGAUAUCAAACAGCUUUCUGAAUAUCCUAAAGAACAGUUUAAUAUUUUAAAUGAAAGAAUAACUACUGGUAGUUCACUGGCUUCUCAAACAGACGCCGAAGGUGUUGAGAUUACUUCUUCACUAACGACAAUGUCGAAAUCAACAAUAUCAACUCUUGAUAUACAUGAAACAAUACCCAAUUUAGGUCUAUCUACACAAUCUGGAAGCUAUGAAUUCACUUCAUCAAUACCACAAGUUUUCUCGACAACGAACUCUAUAGCCACAAUCAACUAUAAGGCGACUGAUAAAAAUGAUAAUCAAGAGACGACCUCACAAUACAAUGACAACGAAAACGAAUUUCCUCUAACCUCUACGGUUACAUAUGACAAUACUGGAAAAUCAGAACCGGCAGAAUCACAACAUAUGCACAGUUCGGAUAUUAAUAAAGUCACGAAUGGCAAUGAAAAUAAUUUACUUUCAACCACCUAUAGAGGUGUCACUACGUCACAGUAUGACAGCGAAACUGAGGAUUCCAAUUCAGAGUCACAAAGUAUGCAGAGUGCAACCACUGACCAACCCAUUAACAUACAAACAAAUGAAAAUGAAAAUAAAUUACCAUCAACCACAUCUAUCACUACGUCACAUUAUGACAGUGAAACUGAGGAUUCCAAUUCAAAAUCACAAAGUACGCAGAGUGCAACCACUGACCAACUCACUAGCGUACAAAUGAAUGACAACGACAAUAAAUUACCAUCAACCGUCUCUGUCACUACGUCACGUUAUGACGGCGAAACUGAGAAUUCCGUUUCAGAGUCACAAAGUGGGCAAAGUACAAACGUUAACCGAGCCACCAGCAUGUAUGCCAAUGACAAUGAAAAUAAUUUACCAUCAACCACCUCUAUCACUGGGUCACAUUAUGACAGCGAAACUGAGGAUUCCAACUCAGAGUCACAAAUAACACAAAGUACAACUACUACCCAAGCCACUAGCAUACAACCUAAUGACAAUGAAAAUAAAUUACCAUCAACCACUUUUAUCACUACAUCACAUGAUGACAGUGAAACUGAGGAUUCUGAUUCAGAAUCACAAACAACACACAGCAGAACCACUAACCAAGCCACUAGCAUGUAUGCCAAUGACAAUGAAAACAAGUUACCAUCAACCGCCUCUGUCACUACGUCACAUUAUGACAGUGAAACUGAGGAUUUUAUUUCAGAAUCACAAAGUACUCAAAGUACAAUCACUAACCAAGCCACUAGAAUGUAUGCCAAUGACAAUGAAAACAAAUUACCAUCAACCGCCUCUCCUACUACGUCACAUUAUGACACUGAAACGCAGGAUUAUAAUUCGGAAUCACAAAGUACACACAGCGUAACCACUGAUCAAGCCACUAGCAUAUAUGCUAAUGAAAACGAAAACAAAUUACCAUCAAUUGCCUCUAUCGCUACGUCACACUAUGACAGUGAAACUGAGGAUUUCAAUUUAGAAUCACAAACUCCGCAAAGUACAAUCACUAAACAAGCCACUAACACAUAUGCUAAUGACAAUGAAAAUAAAUUACCAUCAACCGCCUCUGUCACUACAUCACAUUAUGACAGUGAAACCGAGGAUUCUGAUUCAGUAUCACAAACAACGCACAGCAGAACCACUAACCAAGCCACUAGCAUGUAUGCCAAUGACAAUGAAAACAAAUUACCAUCAACCGCCUCUCCUACUACGUCACAUUAUGACACUGAAACGCAGGAUUAUAAUUCGGAAUCACAAAGUACACACAGCGUAACCACUGAUCAAGCCACUAGCAUAUAUGCUAAUGAAAACGAAAACAAAUUACCAUCAACUGCCUCUAUCGCUACGUCACAUUAUGAAAGUGAAACUGAGGAUUCCAAUUUAGAAUCACAAACUCCGCAAAGUACAAUCACUAACCAAGCCACUAACACAUAUGCUAAUGACAAUGAAAAUAAUUUAACAUCAACCGCCUCUGUCAAUACGUCACAUUAUGACAGUGAAACUGACGAUUCCAAUUCAGAAUCAAAAAGUACGCAACGUAUAAUCACUAAUCAAGUGACUAGUAUAUAUGCCAAUGACAAUGAAAACAAAUUACCAUCAACCGCCUCUGUCACUACGGUACAUUAUGACACUGAAACGCAAGACUAUAAUUCAGAAUCACAAACUACGCAGAGUUCAAUCACUAACCAAGCCACUAGCAUACAAACUAAUGACAAUGAAAACAAAUUACCAUCAACCGCCUCUGUCACUACGGUACAUUAUGACACUGAAACGCAGGAUUAUAAUUCGAAAUCACAAACUACGCAGAGUACAAUCACUAACCAAGCCACUAGUAUACAAACUAAUGAUAAUGUAAACAAAUUACCAUCAACCGCUUCUGGUACUACGUCACAUUAUAACAGUGAAACUGAGGAUUCUAUUUCAGAAUCAAUAAGUACUCAAAGUACAAUCACUAACCAAGCCACUAGCACUUAUGCUAAUGACAAUGAAAAUAAAUUACCAUCAACCGCCUCUGUCACUACGGUACAUUAUGACACUGAAACGCAGGAUUAUAAUUCGAAAUCACAAACUACGCAGAGUACAAUCACUAACCAAGCCACUAGCAUACAAACUAAUGAUAAUGUAAACAAAUUACCAUCAACCGCUUCUGGUACUACGUCACAUUAUAACAGUGAAACUGAGGAUUCUAUUUCAGAAUCAAUAAGUACUCAAAGUACAAUCACUAACCAAGCCACUAGCACUUAUGCUAAUGACAAUGAAAAUAAAUUACCAUCAACCGCCUCUGUCACUACAUCACAUUAUGACAGUGAAACCGAGGAUUCUGAUUCAGAAUCACAAACAACGCACAGCAGAACCACUAACCAAGCCACUAGAAUGUAUGCCAAUGACAAUGAAAACAAAUUACCAUCAACCGCCUNGGAAACAACAAUAAUAACAAUAAACAGACUUCAACUAUAA